AUGGAUGAGAACUUUCAAGAACAGUUUACAGGAAUUAUUAAAUUUACACCUCCUUUGUACAAACAACGCUACCAGUUCAUUAAAGAUUUGGUGGGGAAAUACAAACCUAAGAAGGUGGCAGAUUUAGGAUGCGCUGACUGUACGCUUCUUUGGAUGCUGAAAUUCUGCAGUUGCAUUGAAGUGUUAGCUGGGCUAGAUAUCUGUGCAAGUGUAAUGAAAGAGAAAAUGCAUAGGUUGUCUCCUCUUCCUGGUGAUUAUUUGCAACCGGCUGAAAGAUCCCUAACUGUUACCUUGCAUCAUGGUUCAGUUGCCCAUAAAGAUCCUUGCAUGCUUGGUUUUGACUUGGUAACUUGUAUUGAACUAAUAGAGCACCUGGAACAAGCAGAACUAAAGAAGUUUCCUGAAGUGGUGUUUGGCUUCAUGGCUCCAAGCAUCGUUGUGAUCAGUACGCCAAAUUCUGAAUUUAACCCUUUGCUUCCAGGAGUGACAUUAUUCAGGCAUCCAGACCACAAAUUUGAAUGGAACCAAGCACAAUUUCAAAGCUGGGCUCUAGAGACUGCUAGACGCUAUGAUUACUCAGUGGAAUUUACUGGUGUAGGGCACCCACCAGCAGGCAUGGAGAAUGUUGGGUUUUGUACCCAAAUAGGUGUGUUUGUUAGAAAAUAUCCUCAAACCAGUGAAUCUGCUCAGUCUGAGAAAGCCACUGAAGCAGUUUACAAAACAGUCUUCAAAGCGGUGUAUCCAAGUCUUAAAGAUGAGAAGUACCUGCAGAAUGCAGUGGUCAGUGAAGUUAUUUUCACAGCACAAAUCAUUAAGCGAAGUCUGCUGGACCAUUUAAUGUCAGAACAUGAGGAGUAUAACAAUGAUCCUACUGAGAGAAAAUCCAAAUUCCAACCUUCAAUGAACUGCUUUUCAGAAGAGCUUGGAAAACUGGUUGUUGAAAAAAGCAUGGAACCAUUUGUCAAUGGAAAUGUGGUUUAUAUACCUCUUAAAACAAUCUUUUCUUUUCCCAAAGUCAAUCGACUUUGUGGUACCUUUGAGAAGUUAUGCAAGCUUAUUGCUGGCAACGUCACACUGAGCAGUGAUGGUUCUGCUGUGGUGUUCAGUACUGAACAUGACAAUGAAGAGAAUUAG